GCCCCACCUCGCAACGUCAUGACGAGCAACUGGAAUGGCCCAGGGAUCGCUGUGCUUCUUUCCGUGCUCCGCCGUUGCCUCCCUCGCCGCGGCGCGACUUGUCUGGAGCUGUCCGGAGCUGGACCAAAUAACCAACGGGUUUCGGGCUGAUGGCCAUGAGGUCCCAUCUGAUAUUUUCUCACCCGAUCAUUCUCAUCCGAAUCUCACUCGGACCCGAACUUGUGUGUUGAAACCCGUUCCGACAUUUCGUACCUUCCAAAUUCCGAUCCUCCUUCCUCACCAUCAAUCGUAUCGCACCUUCUGGGAACUUAAGCUUCACAAUUUUACAAAGGCAUCGCAUCGCUACUUCCGUUCGCAUUCUACGAUUCACGACUGCCUCCUCCUACACUCCUGCCCUCGGUUUGGGCCACAGCCAAGACCAUGCCGUCUGCUCCAACUCUUCUUUCAGCACCGCAAGAUGGCGACACGGCGUCGGGGAGGGGGAGUACCGAGACGGGACUGAACGGUACCCUCACGCCUGCCUCCGCCAUGAGCUCGAUCCACAGCCGCAGAAACAGCAUCGGCCAGCUGGCUGACAUGGCCGAGUCCACCGGAGAUAUCGCCGAGAGGGAGGCUGACGAGCUCUCCUCGUUGGGAAGUCUUGAUACCGACAAUCAACUCGCCACAAAUCACAAGGAUGCUCGCGACACCUACCCGCCACUCACAGACGCAGCGGGCAAAGAAGCCGCCGCCCGGGAACGGGCCCGGAUCAACGCCUAUAGAGCAGGCGGCAUCCGCUUCGCCCCCUGGAACAUACCUUACCGGCGGCGGUUGCAGACGAUGGCCGUGCUAGCCCACUGCCUGAGCAUCGCCAUGACGGUCUCGUUCUUCUUCUUCCUCUGCGCCAUCCCCCUCACCUGGCCGAUUCUCAUCCCCUAUUUGCUACACAUGCUGCUCUCCAAAUCGGCCACCGACGGCCGCCUGCGCGCCCGCUCCGAGCGGUUCCGGCGCCUCCCCAUCUGGAAGUUCUUCGCCGACUACUUCCCCGCCACACUCCACAAGACCCACGACCUGCCGCCGACACGCAAGUACAUCUUCGGCUACCACCCGCACGGCAUCAUCUCGCACGGCGCCUUCGCCGCCUUCGGCACGGAAGCCCUCGGCUUCGCGGACAAAUUCCCGGGCAUCACCAACAGCCUGCUGACGCUCGACUCCAACUUCCGCAUCCCGCUCUACCGCGACUACAUCCUCGCGCUGGGGAUCCAGUCGGUGUCCAAGGAGUCCAUCACGUCGAUCCUCACGACAGGCGGGCGCGACGGCGACGGCAUGGGCCGGGCGGUGACCAUCGUGGUCGGGGGCGCGCGCGAGUCGCUGGAGGCGCACCCGGGGACGAUGCGGCUGGUGCUGGCGCAGCGCAAGGGCUUCGUCAAGAUGGCCAUGCGCACCGGCGCCGACCUCGUCCCCGUGCUGGCCUUUGGCGAGAACGACCUCUACGACCAGCUCAGCGCCCGCCACCACCCGCUGCUGCACCGCCUGCAGAUGUGGGUCCUCCGCACCCUCAAGUUCACCCUCCCCUUCCUGCACGGCCGUGGCAUCUUCAACUAUGAUGUCGGUCUGAUGCCCUACCGCCGCCCGCUGAAUAUUGUGGUCGGGCGGCCCAUUCCUGUCAGGAAGGUCCCCACUGGGGAGAAGAUGGAUGCGAGGGAGUUGGAUCGGCUGCAUCGCGAGUAUGUAGGUGAGUUGGAGAGGAUGUGGGAGAGGUAUAGGGGAGUGUUUGUCAAGGGUUCGGGGGUAAAGACGGCGGCGGGGGAGAAGGGGGGGUUGAGGAUUUUGGAUUGAUUAAUUGCUGCUGUUAUUAUUGUUAUCAACACUGGGUCUUCUGUAUGGCAGGCUGCUGGUGUUGGGUUAUUAUUUCGGGGUUGUAUCUGGUUUUCUGCGACUCGGGGGGUUGCCUAAUGUUAUCAUUCCCUGGGGCUGGUUUCUCUGGGUUAUAUUAUGGGUUUAGAGGGGGUUUGGUUGUUGGUUGUGAGAUAUCGGAGAUACCUACUUAGUUUUAUUGUACGUUUUGGGGGUGGUGUAAUAUUUGUAUCAUGUUCUUGACUAGUAUUUGUGUCAUGUUCUUCGCCGGUGUUCACAACAUGCUCUUCGCCGUCAAGGAAAAAUAGAAGCUGAUAUGCGAG